AUGGGCAAUCGUCAUAGCCAGUCGUAUACCCUCUCAGAAGGCAGUCAGCAAUUGCCCAAAGGGGACACCCAACCCUCGACAGCCGUGCCGCCUCUCAGCCACCCAUCAGGAAAUGGAGAGCCAGAGGCCCCACAGCCUGCUAAAGCAAGCAGUCCUCAGGGUUUUGAUGUGGAUCGAGAUGCCAAAAAGCUGAACAAAGCCUGCAAAGGAAUGGGAACCAAUGAAGCAGCUAUCAUUGAAAUCUUGUCGGGCAGGACAUCAGAGGAGAGGCAACAAAUCAAGCAGAAGUACAAGGCAACGUAUGGCAAGGACCUGGAGGAGGUACUCAAGAGUGAGCUGAGUGGAAACUUCGAGAAGACAGCCUUGGCCCUUCUGGACCUCCCCAGCGAGUAUGCCGCCCGGCAGCUGCAGAAGGCUAUGAAAGGUCUGGGCACAGAUGAGUCUGUGCUCAUUGAGGUCCUGUGCACGAGGACCAAUAAGGAAAUCAUCGCCAUAAAAGAGGCCUACCAAAGGCUAUUUGACAGGAGCCUCGAAUCAGAUGUCAAAGGUGAUACAAGUGGAAACCUAAAACAAAUCCUGGUGUCCCUGCUACAGGCUAAUCGCAAUGAAGGAGGUGACGUGGACAAAGAUCUAGCUGGCCAGGAUGCCAAAGAUCUGUACGAUGCAGGGGAAGGCCGCUGGGGCACGGAUGAGCUUGCCUUCAAUGAAGUCCUGGCCAAGAGGAGCUACAAGCAGUUACGAGCCACCUUUCAAGCCUACCAGAUUCUCAUUGGCAAAGACAUAGAAGAAGCCAUUGAAGAAGAAACAUCAGGAGAUUUGCAGAAGGCCUAUUUGACUCUUGUGAGAUGUGCCCGGGACUGCGAGGGCUAUUUUGCUGAACGUCUAUACAAGUCGAUGAAGGGUGUGGGGACAGAUGAGGAGACAUUGAUUCGUAUAAUCGUGACCAGGGCCGAGGUGGACCUUCAGGGGAUCAAAGCAAAGUUCCAAGAGAAGUAUCAGAAGUCUCUCUCUGACAUGGUUCACUCGGACACCUCCGGGGACUUCCAGAAACUGCUGGUAGCCCUCUUGCAUUGAGCCAAGCCAGGGUAACAGGAACACAGGAUGGAACCACCUUUGUCAAGAGCCCAUUCCAAAUCAAACUUGCAAAUGACACUCCCGCACGAAAAACCCUCAAGAGUCCUGGAUUACUUUCUUGGCAGCCUAAGCAGCGCAGCC